AUGCCUAGUGGCACGACGGGUGCACAGUGUUGCUCCGCGAGGGUACUGCGCCACCUACACUCACAGGGUGCCCUUCUUCUUCACGAGGUGGAUGAGCGGGCCGAAGUUCUCCGCAGCGUCUUUCGAUUCCGCUUCAACGUCGGCACGGUCCAGGAUCCUGUGGCGGAUCGGGUCGCGGCUUCGAGAGCUGUGGACACAAUGUGGGAGAACUUUUUCACCGACAUCGUGGUGCCGACCCUCCGGGAAAGCGACCUCAUGAAAGGCGUUGACCUGAACGUAUGGUUCGAUGGCACCGGGUUCCGCGAUUUCGAGGUCAUGACGGCCGUCCUGAACGACAUUCCCCUGGCUGUAGGAUCUGCAGUGUUCAUCUUUGGCUACAUGCUCUUCCACACUCGGAGCGUUGUUCUGGCUUUGGUGGGACCUUUUCUGGCGAUGAUGGCGGUGCCGAUCACGUUCAUCUGCUGCGGCGUCUUCUUCGGCACCACCACGGUGAAUUUCGCCAAUUUCCUGGCGGUGUUCCUUGCGAUUGGUUUCGGCGCCGACGUCAUGUUCGUGUACUACGACUCCUGGGUACAGUCCAGCGAAGUUGCAGAGAAGAUUCCCAACCGCUUAGCUUGGACGUAUAGAAGAGCCGUGAAGGCCUCCUUGGCGACCACCUCCACGACUGCCCUCUCCUUCCUCUGCAACAUGGCCAGCGUGAUCCGGGCCUUGAGGCAAUUUGGCUUCUUCAUGGGCCUUUGUGUCCUCGUAGCAUGGGUCAACAUUACCUUCAUCUACGUGCCCAUCAUCGUCAUCGACCACACCUGGUGCCGACGGCUCCGACUGGUGCGGCGACCCUCUGACCGGCGCUUGAAGAGCAGCUCUCGAAAGUACUACCUUUGCGCACACGGCCUCUACCGAUGUCGAGUGCCCGUCGUAGUGCUGACUAUUGCCGCGGUGGUGGCAUGUGUUGUGGUUUCCGCCAUGAGCUUGCAGACGUCCACUAGCUUCCCCGACAUCUUCCCCUCGAACCAUAACCAGAACGAGGGCGUGAGGAUCUUGAGGGACUUUGACGGCAUAACGACAGCUCUGCCCAUUGCCACCGAGGAGCCUAUUCGCGAGGUCGAUGUUUGCCGCGAGACGGAGUUCGGCGACAGCACAUGCGUCAUGCACUGGUGCGAGGCAACCUUCGUGGACUACAAGCCCAGGUGGGGGGGCAACGGCACAUGCAGCUGCCUCCGCCGCUUGCGCACAUCCUGUGUGCCGGGCCAGUCAGCUGACGUCACCCUGCGACUUGUCGGCAUGUCAACGCUGACAAAAGAGCAGCUCAGUACCGAUGUGGGCGACCACGAGCUUCGGAACUAG